UGAACAAUCUCGUUAAGGAGUUUCUGAGCCAUUACCUUACUGCCUUUGUUUGGUGUAGUAUAGUCAGUAAACCCCAUGGCUCGCAAGCGAUUUGUACCUAACCUCCUCUGUAUCUGGGCAACGCUCCUUAAUUCACCAUGCCUUUUCGUGAUCUCUAUGCCAUCGAAAAGAAGCUGGUUUCCUUGUACCUCAAACUCGUUAUAAAAUCUCGCGAUUGGCUGCCCUAGCUCCUCACCAAGGUGUUUGUAAAGAUCGUCGACCUUUGAUUUUAAUAGCUCUUCCCUCUGCCUUGUUGUGGUGUCAGUGAGGUCGCCUCGUGCUGAGCCGGAUUGUUCCUGAUCUUGCUGGUGAUGCUCUUGCAGAGCCGCCAGGCGAUCGGGCGUUAAAUUGGCAUCAGGCUGGAGCGUACUGAAAUCCUCGUCUGAAAUUUUUUCCUCUGGCGUAAAGUCGUCUCCUUCGUAUAUUGGAUUAAUUGGCAUUUAUUUGAAACGAAUAUCAGCUAAUAAUAAAGCAUGAGUAACAUAUUCGGAACUAAGCUCGAUCCCUACGCGGAGAUUAAAACAAUGAUGGCUAUGAAAGGGAAGAAGCAGCGUGUAAAAGUAGGUCAUGUGCCUAGUAUGAUUAAUCAGAACGAGGACUUGUAUGUUGACAUCUCCAACAUGGGGCAGAACGAUGUAAUUUUUCCAUCUAGUAUCAAACUACUUUUUUAUCUGGAACUUACGGGAACAAACACGAAGCGCACUAUCGUCAGCAAUAUAGGUAAAUCCUUGGUGCAAAAUCUUCGUAUUACUUUGAAGGACAACGAGGUGCAAAAUAUUAGCGCCUACAGGGUGCUCGCUACCUACAAGGACCUAUGGUUGCCCAAGUUUGAUCGGGAAAACAACCUGAUCCUAGAGGGGAUCAAUCCCAACGACGGUACAAUCCGCGCCCUACAGGUAAAAGCGACUGAUCAUGUAGGCACGGAUGAGGAAAAAGCGAUCGUCGCAGCUUAUGGCAGCACGUUUUGCAUCCCUAUCGGUAAAAUGUUCGAACUCACGAGGGAUCUGCCGUUCUACCAGCCAGGGCUACACGAUAGGUUACAGUUUGUGAUCCAUUUUGCAUCAUAUGGUGACGUUAUAAAGGAUGCCGGUACCCCAGCUGUUGGAAGCACGGCAGCUAAACCCGCAGACAGUGCGUACAAGAUCACUAAUAUCGCACUAGAGUUUGACAAGGUUAAUAACGAGGCUCUCGCGAGCGCUAUGAUGUCACGGUAUAGUCGUUUGGCGCUACCCUAUGAAAGGGUACUCCGUAGCAAAGUUGUCACGAUAAAAAAGGCUGAUACCAGCUACAAUUUGCAAAUUGAUACUCCAGCAAAAAGUUUAAAAGGCGUCUUAUUAUUGUUCGUAGAUCCUGGAAAAGUAAAGGCUUACUCGGGUGCUAACGAGGUCUUCUACAACCCAAAGAUCGAAAAAAUCUCGAUCACUGUCGAAGGUGAGCCUAAUGAGCUCUACACGCACGCGAUGCUCCCGAAAGAUCACCUCGAACAGAUCGUAAACUUAUUCGGUAGCCACGAUUCAAAGGUGAUUGGGCAGUUCUUCACAGAGAGAUACGCCCUGUUUGUUGAUUUCCGAGCAUCACCUGAUCAUAGUCUACACGGUUCCGGAAGGCCAUUACAGAGAGUGUCAGACGGUAUAACCUUGCAUAUGACCAAGAAAGCAGACGGAACAACAGGGGAUAUUAAAUGCUACGUUUUCCUACUUCAAGAUGCUCAGCUGAACAUCUUAGAUGGGUGUUUUCACAGUGUCGAAUAUUAAACGAGAAUCCUAAAAUAAAGAUGGCAAGCAUAUUAGUACUCGCGGGUGGGGCUAUAAUCAAUGCCUUCGCGUUCUCGGGGAGCAACUAUUUGCUCAGUAAGCUGUCAGGCCAUGGUGAGGCCGUGCGUAAAAGGCACGACAAGGCGAUUGAACAACUUCAAGCAGCUCAGCAACAGUGGGUAAGAGAUCGGCAGGCAAAGAUCGAUUGGUAUAACCAUCAACGAGAGCUGAAAAGGCAAGCUGGAGAGAGCUUGAAGGAGCUCGAUGAAGCUAUGAGAGACUAUUACAUCGCAACGAUCGAGAAGGCUCCUAAGUUAUCCGACUUCUACACGCCCAGCAAACAGCAACAAGACGGCGAGCUGACGUUUAUCGUAGGAUCCUUAGCCCUCCUUGGUUUUGCAGUGUACAAGUUCGCCUAGACGGUGGGCGUAAAAUGUUUUCGAUAUGUAAUAAACAUGUCGAAACAUAUCAGAAGAAGCGAAAAAAUUGAGCAGUAUUUACUAUACCCCUGAAAAUCUCUGGAUCAGUCGCAAGGCUGUUAAAUUGCUCGCUGAGCACAGUGGACUACCUAAAAAGAAAGUCGUACACUGGCUGUCUAGACAACUCUUAUGGCUUAGACAUAUUCGAGGACCUAAAAGGAUUGAUUACCCGCAUUUUACAAUCACAAGGCCUAAUGAAAUGCACCAAUUUAAUUUGCUCUACAUGCCUCAUGAUCACCUGUAUGGCUCGAAAUACAAAUAUAUCCUCACAGGGAUCGAUGUAGCCUCGCGCUACAAGGUAGCUAGACCAUUGAGAACUAAGAAAGCCAGCGAAGUCGCUGACAUGAUCAAGGACAUUUACGCGAAGCCCGGAGGUAAAGGAGGACCUUUACGCUAUCCGAAGAUCUUCCAGUGUGACAACGGUAGUGAGUUCAAGUCAGAUGUGACGAAGCUGCUAGAGGGCAAAGGGGUCGAGAUUAAGCGCGCAACUACCAAGUACCACCAUACGUUCACAGCCUUUGUCGAGUCUUAUAACAAGGUGCUCGCUGAGAGACUGUUCAAGUCCCAGGACGCGCAAGAGUUGGUCACUGAUGAGACUAGUACCACAUGGGUGAAACAUCUGUACACUAUCGUAAAAAGCAUGAACAAUACCAAAACUGGCAUGAUCGGUAUGAAACCCAACAAGGCAAUCAAGCUAGAGGAAGUCCCACUUACGAAAGAUCGCCUGGAGCAAGAAAAACCGUUACCUGAGGACGGUCUUUACUUGUACCUGCUACAACCGGGGGAAGAGCAUGGUGAUGCUAAAAGACGUGCAACGGACGCUUGGUGGAGCAAAAAGCUGUAUAGGUUGGAUCGCAUCGAGGCGGCCGUGUCAGCGGAAGGGCGAAGCCCGUCUAGCCGUCUGUUGUACUAUCUUGCAGGUGGGCCCGAACGUAGUUUUGUGGCAGAGGAGCUCAUGCUAAUCCCAGAGGAUGUUCAAGUACCUCCUGAGCAUGUCAAGGAGUGGUAAGCUGACGAUAUUUUUGUAGCCUCGUGCUCUUGCUGAGCCGCUAGGCGAUGAAGCUACAAAAAAGUUGAGUCUCGCUAGUCUUCGAGCGCAGGCACUCCCAGGUCAUACAAAUCGUCGCGAGUAAGAUCGAUGAGUCGAAAGUGGCAUUGAUACCGUUCUAUGUGUCCUUCUUCUUCGAAUCGAUUGAACGCGUGCAUCCCGUUAGGAUUAUCGAUGACCACAAUCUCUUCACAGUUUGGAUAGUUGUCCCUAAGCCAUCUCCUUUUGGUGGAGAUUUUCCGUCUUUGAACACGUGCACAGUAGUAGGGAAGACGAUGGCACUGAUCAUCGUCUGGUGCAGUAUGCUUGCGGUAAAUCAUGAUCGCGUUGUCUUUUCGAGGAUCUUGCGCACGUGGAACAUGUCGCUGUCGUAGCCCCGUGAUUAUUUGCGCUUGUACCGCAAGUUGUCUAUCUUUUUCUUCAAGAUCUUCGUCAAGGAUCGCAAUGGCUACGUCUUUUUCAUCGAUAGCUUGACGCUGCCCUCGUACUUCAUCUUGCAGCUUUUCUAUACCUUUUUGCGCUAGCCACCUGGUAAGCUCGAUGGCUUUAGGUUUUCUACAACGGUCUGCAAUCUCAAGAGCUCCACUUAGUGUCACAAACAUAUCGUGAGGAUUAGCAUGUUUUGGUUCUUAAAAGGUUUGCUUUAAAAGCAACCCUUUUAUAUCACGACGAGGCGUUGUUUUUACGUCUCUGUAAGUCGUCGCAAUGUUACGGAUCCCUAAAAAUCUACCAAGAUCAGCACGCUUGAAGCGUGGCUGCGAGUGCUCGUCAUACAAGGUUUCGAUCGCUCCAGCAGGCACGGCGUUGCACAGGUCAAGUUGAGAAGACAUAUUUCUUAUACACGCCAAGGCUCAACUAGGGAUUUUGUGAUUCGAAAAAAGUCACAAAAUUACGAGGUCCAAUAACCAACACUAAGCUGAGGAAGCCAUGGAUAUUUUUUGCAUAACUCUUCAAUAUCCCGAGUUGUGUUUACCAGUUUGCUGUCAUCGUCAUUAUCCACUGCAUCUAUUAGUCUGGAAUGGGCUCUCAAAAGAGCCUGAUACACAGCUUUAAUUACGCUCUCAUAAUCUAUCUUUUCUUACAUGUCAAGAGUCUAACCAACAAUCUUGUAACUUUUAGGAUGCUCCAGUCUUACGUACAAGCAAGCGUGCUUGGACUUUUCUAGCUGAGCCUUGAUGUUUUCCCAGUCGCUGAUCAUGUUUGUUUCCUCGUCGACGAGUUUAAUGUCUGAUCGUUCGUGGGGGUACCACAUGAACAACUGUUUCUUCUGUCGUCUGAGGUUCUUCGGCAAGGCGGUAUACGACUGCGUUAGUAGCCAGAGACUGUGUUUGCGAUGUCUACCACUGACGGCAAGCUUAAGCAAGGGCUGUCGCUUUUUAUCCAGACUCUCGUCGGCUAUCAUAUCGUCAACGAUGAACAGCGUCUCUUCUUUCGCCAGCUUCGACGACAGUUCUUUGAUCCACUCGAACAGCUGCUCCUUGGGGUCCAUCAGAGCCACGUAGUCAUCCCUCCAUAGCGAGGAUCUCUCGAGAUAGGUCUUGUUCCAGCGUAGUGUAGGGCAAAGAAUGACAAUGUUGUCGAAAUGCUGCCUAUACUCGUUCUCAAGCAAAUCCAGGACACGCUGCGUCUUGCCACAGCUUGUCGGUCCAGUAAAGAAUGUCUAGAGUCAUAUUUAUUCUGAGUUAGACAGUUACUUCGGAGGCAUCAUGGAACGCUUAUACCACCCUUGUUUUAUCGCGUAAUCGUCGAAUAAUAUCGCUCCUGUCAUAUAUCCAGCGAGCUUCAAGCCGUCCUCCAUGUCCAUCUUGGCCCCCGGUCUAGAAACUCCCAGAGCCUUUUUCGCGCCUAGCGCCAAGACAAUAGUAUAGGAUACUAGUCUGACAGAUUCCCACAAGGAAUCGACGACUUCUUUCUGAUACUCUUUGCUGCUCAUUUAUUAUAGGUUUAUCGCAUUUUGAAAAUGUCAAUUUGGGGUUUCGAAGGCUCUCGCGUGUGCUGCUGAGACGCACGUACUCCUGCGGAGAUGGUUUCAGCAGGCUUCUUGGAACUAUUUUCUGCGCUGCCACGUAUGUAAUAGACUGCCACGCAAGCGGUAAGUACGGCAGCGAGACCUCCAGCGACAUAGAGAUAUGCACUGUCCGGGAACUUGUGAGGACUUGCGACAAGUUCCUGACCCUCUUGUGAAGUACUUUUGCCUAAGUUCUUCUGUAAGUCAGCCUUGUUCUUGCGAUUCCAUUCAGCAAGUCUCUUGCCAGCAGCAACACGACCCUCAUUCUUCUUGGUUAUGACUUGGUUAGAUUGCUCUUCACUCAUUUAUUUGUAAGGUGAGACCUUGGAAAAAGAUGAAGACAAAAAGACUUUAUCUGAGGUCUCUAGAGGGGGUGACCAGAUGGGGGACGAUUCAUCCUCCACCUACAACGAGGGAAAAGCCAUCGUUUUAAACGACCAAAGGCACGCCUGGGCUAAAAAUUUUGUAAAGGGCCUUACAAAAUUUCCUUGUAGUGACGAAUCAGUGAAUUUUUGACUUUUCUAGUUGAGCCAAGUUUUGCUCCAAAUUAUCCCAUACCUUCACCAAAGACCUACAGACCAUCGUGUAAAAUAACGAUGGUCUCUUUUCAAACCUUAUAACAGCCUGAAGGUAAUGGCGCCUGCCGCGUUUGUGGAACGAGCUAAGCAAAACCGGAAAGAGACUCAUUCCACUCUCCACAAGUACGUGGGAAAUAACGAGCCUACAUAGCCUCCCGUUCCCAUCUUCGAAUGGAUGGGUAUUAAUCAAGUCCAUAAACAACCUCACCGCGUUCCAUAUCAGAUCGUCAGUCUCUGUAAAGUAGUAUCGAUCCAGGGCGUCUAUCACUAACCUUGGGAUUGCAGAAACAGGGGCAAAUUCGUGAAAACCAGCGAAUGCCUUAGUCGUCCUGUAUUUCCCUGUCAGCACGGGUUUGCCGCCCCUGUGUUUUUCCACGCGCAUCAUGAUUUCAUGGAUAGUUUGGAUUUUGUCAGGUGUGAGACGUCCGCAGCACUGCAUCCAUUUUAGAGCGCGCAUAAAGUUUAUCAUCUGCCUUUUGAAACUUUUCGUCUUUUCGUCAAGAUGUGCGUCUUCAGGAUCCUGCAUCAGCUUCCAGGCAUCAGAUGAUGAAAAGUUGGAGUCUACCUCCCCUUCGAAUGUGUAGGUUCCGUACGCGAACAGGGCUUCCCACCCUUUUAGAAAUUCCUCUACGUAUGCGUGGUUUUUUCGCUUUCGCGAGAGUUCGGCUAGCCUUGCAGUUUUAUUUAGAACAUUUCGGUACUCGUCUUCGUCUACCAUCCAAUACUGCAUUUUCAAUUUUUUGUUAAAUAUCUGACUGCUCCCCAUCUUCUUCUUGCUGUUCAUCAUCUCGCUUUUUAUCUGUCUUGGACACAUGCUGGCAGGCAUGGUUAAAUGUAUGGGCAACAACCAAUAUUGGCGCUAGAAAUUUUCCAAAGGCAGAGUACACAAGUCCCCCCAAAUCUGCCAUGGAGUCCUUGAUAAUCGGGUCUUCCUCGAUGUCUUUUUUCAGACCCUCCGCACUAUCGAGUUGAACAACAUUACCUAUGGCCUUCGCGUACAUGUCAAUCGCAUGUGGGGAGAGUGCCUUGGCGGUCUUUUCUCCUUUCUCGUGAAUUUCAUGUUGAACGAAUUCCGCAUACGCUUUUUCGAUCACCUCAUCUGAUGCCUUGUCAGUAAAGCUUUCAGUACAUUUCUUCGGCAAGAGAUGUUGUUUGCCUUUGCGUAUAGCAUCCUUCAAGGCUUGACGUUUGUCGAUAGGUUUUUUACGAUGUUGAAAGGCUUCCGUGUCUGCAACAUCAAAUAUAUCUGUAAUCUCACUCAUCUUUAUUAGAAGCGUUCUAUAACGCAAAAAGCAGAGCACGAUCAAGACGUACGGAAGGAUUAUUGCUACAGUGAGGCUUAUAACGCGACCUACAACUCUAGCGGUACUGUGUGGAUGCCAUCAUCGAGUACCUUUCGCUUAUUAUAAAAAGCCGAGAGGCCCAGCUUCUUUUGUUCGUACGUAACCAUCCCCUGGUUGUGAACCCGAAAACCUACGUUUUUGGCCAUGUCAAUAGAGCCAUUCAACGCGUUCUUAUACCUCUCCCAUGUCAUAGCGUUAUGCUUCUUCGACAUGCCUUUACACGAGAAUUUUGUGCCCUCUUUCCCUUCAACGAAAUAGCACUUGGUUGUGUCAGCGAUCAUUCUAAAACCGAUAAAUUCCGGUUUGAAUAUCCCUCCUGUUCGACUCGAGUACUUAUCAGUGACGAGCCAGUUUUUCACGUCUUUGUCGUACUCGUCAAGCAGUUCAGGGCAAACGACAUCACGUAACGCUUCCCCAGAGAUGGCAAAAUACGCGCUGUCUGUAUCCAUGUAAAUAUAUUCAAAAUCUCGACGAUCCACGUAGUUAUCCAAAAAUUGUAAUAGAACUGAAGCAUGCGCAACAUAGAACGAGUUCCCUUUCUGUUUGGCUGUAUCUCCUGCAAUACGCUUGUCUGGGUCUUUAUCGGCUUGUCGUCGUGCAUCGGCAAUUUCUUCCGGAAACCAUGCAAAUGGCUUACCUUGUUUGUACUUGAUGAACUGGUGAAACGCUGUCACCUUCAGGCCCUGGUCAAGGUACUCCUCGAGCAAGGUUGUGAGCAACAAGAUCUUUUCAGCUUUCAUCAACCCUAGAAGCUUACGUGUGCCUGAAAUACGUUUGCGCCCUGUUGCUUUUAGGUACUCGUGCAUGUGCUCAGGGAUUUGAUCGUCGGGUAUCUCCUUGACCACAAAUAGCGGAGCCAUCUCGCUAAAUUUGUCAUGCAGUUCCAGAGGGACCUCGAUGUCGACCGGCGCAAAACCGAAUCAGCUGCCGCUCUGCACCCCUUCUGUUAACAGUCUGAUGUUGUGCUCAGCCGUGGGUGGGUUGAUCUUGAUCAGCUUCUCCUUUCCACAAGGAAAGUAGUUCAACAACGUACUCGGGUACAGCAUGUUCGCGUCGUACCCUAGAAUGGUCUUGCACAUUUUAGCGUCCUCGUAUACGUGAGAUCUGAUACCCGUCACGUCUCUCUCGUGGUACCUACAGAACACGAUGGCAGGCCCUCCCACCAUGCCCGUUUGAAGCAGUUCAUACGCCUCAUUCUUCGUGCACUCAGUGCAAGCCUUUUGCACCUUUUUGCACGCCUUGCAACUCUUUCCCUUGCACGGUUUGCUUUCACACUUGUGUUUGCAAGGCUCUCCUGGAGCGUAGAGCUCUAGCUUUGGGUUCAGUCGUAGAGACUUGUUCAAGACGUAGCGCAUCGAUACACCUGGAAUGCUUACCGCGUCUUUUAAAAUAUCUAUCUCGUCGUCGUAGUACUGCAGCCUUGUCUUGUCCACGGCUUCGAUGAAGGGUUCCACAUCGGCUAAAUUGUACUCACGCAACCAGUCCAUCAUGGUGACGCAGCCUCGCUUGUAAAACUCUGCACGGAAUGUUUCGUACCCAUCAAGAGAGAGGGCGUUUUUCCCACUAAGACUGCUAUAGAAGUGUUCGUACGCCACGGGUCCGACGUGGGUUAGCUUGUCAUAGCUCGUCAGCCACUCGUAUGGGAACACCAGCUUUUCGAGCUUGCAAUCCAGAGACUUGCACCAUCGGUCGUAGCUCAGACCAGGAGCGAGAAAAUUUUUGAUAUCGAGAAAUUUGAACCUCGAGGUCGUGAGGAACAUGUAGUCGUUGUCUUUCUUAGCCACGUUGAUCUUUUCGCUAUCGUCUCUGACAAUUUGAUCGACAAAGUACCGCUUGAUCAUGUUCAGGUCAUACUUGCCACUGUUGAAGCCGAUCACGGCCACUUGGUUUACCCACUCGUUCCAUGCCUUCUGAGUCUUGUCUGGAAGCAUGUCAAAAUCAUCAGGUCUCGGGUACAUUCUCUCCACCUCUUUCACGAUGAUGGCGUGUCUCUUUUCGAGCUGCUCCACAAAUCGUUCAACCAAGAUCUUGGGAUCAUCGUGCUCCAAGAACGUUGGAUCCCAGUUCAGACUAUCGUGAAUGGCGACGCUGGCCGGUACAUGCUCCGAGAUGUAUGUUAGAUCGGAUGUUUGCCACUGAUUUAGAGGGAGCAUGAGGGCCUCGAAAUCAAACACGAUGUAGUGAGGGUAGGGUCGAAAUUUUUUCUUGAAGUACCUCUUAGCUUUGGGUGGGCUCUCACACUCCCACACUGUCAGUUUGUAGCCAAGUUUUCGGAUGCCUUCCUCCUUAGACUUGGUGGCCGUAUAUCGAUAUUUAUUCGUGUUUGUUCCUUGGCAGGGGCAUCCGUGCCACUUACAGCCGUGGUACUCAUAGACUGUCCUGGUCUGAGGUUCAUAGCCGUCUACAAGGUAGACCUCAUUUUCUUUCUCCCCGUAGCGAAUCACGCGUUCUCCUCCAUGCCCACAGAGUGCGUGAUGGAUGUGUCUUCCAGUUUCCCUCGACAUGUGCUCGAGCCAUUUACAAGCGUCAUAGCUGAAGCCCUCACCGCAAAAGACCUUCUCUGACUUGCUAGGCAUGCGCUUGACCUUCUCGCCUUUGCAGAUGAUAGUCGGCUUUCUUCCCUCGCACUCGUUCUUUUUGUGCCUUGUUAGGUUUUCAACUCUGGUGAAUCGCUGUUUGCAGGCUUCGCAUUCCCAAUGUUGCGUUAAAACCAACAUACCAAGGUUUAUCGUGUCUAAAUCUUUUUUGUAUUGAUUCUAACCGUACACGAGUCUCCAGGGUGCCUUUUCAGAGUUUGAUAGGGGCUCAAAAGCUCUGAUGUUAAUCUUGAAACGCUUCGCUAUGCCCUCAAAGUCAACGAGCUUCGUAGCACGUACUUCUUCCCGCUUUAGUUUGGGAUUCUCGUAGUACUCACGUGCUAGUGCGAGAGCUGGUCUCGUGACACGUUUCUCGCGCUGCUGUCUUUCUUCACGGUAGUGUACGGCAAGACAUCUCCAGACACACAAAUUGUCGGUUCUCUCAUCCUCCUUGUCAAAGCUGUAGAUGCACCUCUUCUUUCGCAACCAGUCUGGUAAAGGUCCACAGCCUAACAAAGGCUCCCUUGUGGAGAUGAUCUUGAUCUGCACAUGCUGGAAGACUAUUUUCCCUUCGUACGAUCCUGGGGUCUCGAUUGUUCUUUCUGGUGGCAGGUACGCCUUCCCCCAAAACUCAUGAUCUCCUAGAUCUAAUCGCUGCAUUUCGCAUUUUUCGAUAAAGGCUUCGAUGUCAGCUAGGCUCGUAAGCGAUCCUUCGCUUCCCUUGGUCUUGUGAUACGGAGCCGUGCCACCUCCUGCUUCGUAGAUGGUGCAAGCAAAACUGUAGACUACCUUGACUCUCAUGUCUAUGUAGGGCGUAAUUUUUCGCAUGAUGGCCUCCGUCAGUGGCUGAUUAAGGUUCUUGUUGAACCGCCAUGUCUUGACACGAUUUCCGUCUUCCAACAUUCUGUGUGUCAUUUUCGUCAAAAAUGUGCUGAAUGUCUUCGACGCCUUCGGAUCGGUUUUUCUCUUGUGGGAACAUGUGCUUGAUGUCUUCGACUCCGCUGUAUUCGUCUUGUAUGUCUCCAGCAUCGUAAAAGUCCUCUUGCGCCUCGGCUUCGAUUUCAUCGUGCAGCGUCGUCCUUCCAGCAUUUUGCUCCUUCGCCCUACCCGCCUUUUCCAUGCUUGGCCGCAUGGAAAAGGCGGGUCUCUGUGUCUUAUUGCAAAAGUUGGAAAACGCAAACGUCAAAAUUAAGUUAGUAGCAACAGAUCGUCAUAUUCAAAUUCGCGCAUUCAUGAAAAGGAAAAACCAGAAAUUAACCAUCAGCUUGGAUUAAGGCUAUAAUAAACCACCUUUGGUGGUGUUGUGCUACUUGCGAAGGAGAUGAGCAACUUUUUAAGGAAUAAUGGCUCAGUAUUUUCUAUCGUAUAUUGUGACUCAUUACAAGGUAGUAAAAAAUUUCGCAAACUUUUCACUUAGUCGCUUCCACGGUUUAUGUUUUUCCUGAACGUUAUGAUGUCAUAUGUUUUAUUCGCUUCCAGCCUCUUCAAUUUUACGUGACCACAACAGAUUUCUUGAGAACACGGAUUUUAUAAAUAUUGAUAUAAAGGUAGUUUAUAUUUGUUUUUUUGAAUAUAUUUUUGUCCGUAAUUUCAACUGUGAGAUUUUUUCAAAAUCAGUUUUUUUUAACUUGAGUUCCACUUUAAGAUCCAUCCGUUCUAGCUUUCACUGUCCGUCUUAUAGAGCUUUAGGGAGAUUUCACUGUACCUUAAGUGAAGAAAUUGUUUGCAGAAAAAAAGAUUGCAAGACUUAAGUUUGUGAAUAGGUUCUUCAGAAUUGCGCAAAAUGAGCACAUUUAAUAAAAGAUUGCGAACAAGUAACCUAAGUUAAUUUUACACUGAUUUUACAUGAAAAUUGCAAGCCGGAAUAAAGGUAAAAUGCGAAAAAAAAGUUUUCAAAUAUCCGUUCUUGUUGUUAGUUUGGAAACAUUAAUUAAUUCCGUACUCUUUUGCACGAAAUGAACUUUGCUACCGAAAAAUCUCUAUAUUUAGCAGACAGGGAAGAAAAUACAAAUGUUUUACUUACCCAAUUAUCCUCCUCCAUCCACUUUAUUUUAAGUUUUUUCUCUCCGCCCUUAAUUAACUUGAAUUGACUAUUGGUUACCUAAUUCGUAGGCAGGAAAUGACUGUUCAAAUAGCUGACACCUCUAAUUAGCGGACAAAAACUGAUUGGUGCCCGCUAUUUAGACUCGGUGUGCGCUAUGUGGUCGCUGUAUAGAAGUUCCUUCCAAAUUGGCUUAUAUUGUUUUAAAAGCUUUCCCUUGGGUGUUAGGGUAUAGUGGGAUCGACCUUAAAGUGUGUCAAGAGGCUGAUUUUGGAUGAAGAAGGAACCUGAAGACAAUAUUUAUAGUAAAUAUGCUGUCUUUCAUUCAAAAAAGUAAAACAGACUCGAGACCUCACAACUUGAGAUUUUGCGCAGACAAUUUAAUAUUUUGAAAUUGUAACAUAUUGUUUUAAGGAAAAUAUAGACAGACAUCUUACAAGAAUUUUUUUAUAUGACCCAUUGUAUAUUGUAGUGUAGAGGUAAGUUUUAGGGGGUAAUAUAUAUUGGAACCUUGAAACAACGUCCGCUAGGGAGAGGUGUCCACUAAAAACUGGCCGCUACAUAUAUGUUUUAUUACGAGAGUUUGACCGUCAUUUCAUCCGUUCUUGGAAAAAGUGUCUGUACAAAGGUGUCCGAUAAAGGUUGUCCGCUAUAAGGAGGUUCCACUGUAAACAUAAGUUCAGUAUUAACUGCACCAUUGGCCAGCAAAUUAUUUAACAGGUGGAAAUUAUAUUAUUGCUAAAAAAUUUUUCGAAUAUUUCUGAUUUGUGACAAAAGCAGUAUUAGGAAAGGAUUUCUUAAUGAUACAUCUGAUUGGGAUUUUAUUCGGAUUGCUUUAGAUUUUCUUAGCUGUUUAAGAUAGAUUCUGGAGUUUCCUUUCAUUUUUUGCAGGAUCUUCUUUAACGAGAGCAAAUUUUGCGAAGACUUAUUUUCGCCUCACGUGUUUUCUCGUGAUAUCGCAAAGACUCACUUCUACAUAAAGAAAAGAAGUUUAUAAUAUACACAGUCUACUCUCGAUAAGUGUAACCUCCAAGGGACCGAAGAAAAGUUUCACUUUUGACAAGGUCUAAAAAUUAAGCCACGGUUUUUUUAUGUGCAAAAGUAUAAGAACUACGCGGCGAAAAUUCAAAUUCGAAUCGAAUGUUUUGAUUGAAGUAUAUUUCAACUUUUUAAAAUCAUUUUAUUAUGAAAAUAAUUAUAUAGAAGGUCAAAUGGAUAUGGAAAUUACACAGAAUGGGCUUCAAAUAGUUUUACAUAAAGCAUUUGAAUUCACAUCUUAUGUUAUGGGAUAUCAUGAAUAUAAAGAUUUCUGGACACUAGUGAAGAGUGAAAUGUUGAAGGCGGUUAUGGAGCCAAAAAACAAAACAGACAAAUUUGCUGUUUCAGUAAUGAAAAAGGCUGUUUGGUCGGACAUUUACCAAAAGAAAAAACAGGAAGAUUUGCAAAAAUGAUUUUCUACUUUCUUCGAGCCUGUGACUCAAAUACUUGCUCCGUCGAAAUUGUUGGAAAAGCCAUCAAUUAAGGAGAUGGAAAAGGAAUGAAAGUGCCUUGUAAGUUACAUUUUCCGGCUGAAGAUAGUUUUAUAAACGUUUUGAAAGAACAACUUCAAAAGUCUCUAUAAAUAUACAAUAAUUAUAUAUGUAAUAUAAAUAUAUUUAGUUACCUGAACAGUUUUGAAACUGACAUUGAAUCGUUUUUUUCCAUUGACUCACCCGUCCAUCAAAACAUGAAAGUCAUUGAGAUCUCAUGAUUUUGCAAACUCUAGAGCUUUUUCUUUGAAUAUACUACAGCUGAUAGGAAUAUUGUUGUGUCUUGCAGUUUUCAGCCAUUUAUAAACGGCAAAGUACAACGAGAGUAGACUGUAGUGUUACGAAAAUGACACCAGGAAAAAAUGAUUAAUUAUUUCCGACUUUCACGAAUUUUACGAAUUUCGUGAAUAGUAGAAGUUUUUGUAAAUAUUUCGCGGAUAUCUAUUUUCGCAAACCGUGCCUGUUGUCAUUCCUGAAUUUAAAUUCGCGAAAACUGGGAAAAGUCACGAAAUUCGCAAAAUAUAAUCUCGUGAUUACUUAAUCUUGUCUUGUUUUCCAAAUUUCUUCUCGCUAAAACCGACACUUUUUUACAUUUCUGCAUUAACAUUGACUUCUUUGUUUAUUAAUGCGUGCCAUGUAGCUCUCAAUUUGAUUGCUGCACACCUAAGAAAAAAAGAACAGAAUGUUAUUGACAGAAAAAACGUGGGGAAUAGUCAUAACGUUUUCGAUCACAAAUAAUUCUGGGUAAUUGAAGUUAUACUUGAUGACUAAAAUAUAAAAAAAAAGAAAAUCUUACCAGCGUAAACUUUUACUUUAAAUUACUGAUUAGGUGGCCAGUGACCAAUUUUCGCGUAAAGGUUUUUUUUUUAAUUCUUUUUACUUCAUUUUGUGACAGUAAAUUUUCGCGACUCAGAUGUUUACAAUUUUUUGGCUGGAAUUAAAUCUAAUGAUAAAAUAUUGGUAGCAAGCGAAAGGCAACGGAGAGGUGAAAUGUAAUAACUACUGUAAUUCUUCGAAUAAACGUCUUAAAUAAAAAUAAAUGCAGAAGGCCAAAAAUCCCUAAAUCCUUCUGAAUGGAAUUGAAAAAUGCAGCGACAUAACUAGCGACAUAACUAGCGACAACAGUUAUAACUAUCAGCAUAACUCGCGGCGACGGUAAUCACUAGCGGCAUAACCAGCGGCGACAGUUACGAAUCGAAAUACAAAUGUUACAUACAUUUGCCUAACCUUCCUGAAUUUUAUCCUGGCCAGUUGCUUAGCGGUUUUUGACACAAAUCUCAGCCCUACCCCUUAGCAACUCGGCUGGUUAUAAAAGACAAACGUGUAAUUUCAGACAUUUUUUAAUUGGUCAUACUUCAGGAUUCGUUUACUCUGGAUCCGUUUCUGUAUUAGUUUUCGACAAAAAAAAACAACACAAAAUCAACUUAAAAAACAAAAAAUUCAGCACAGCUACUUUUUUAAAAAAACGCCUACAUUUUAGAUGAUGCUUGAUGGAUGUGCGCAUAUUUUCAACACUUUUCUAAAAAUAAGGAUAUAUGUGAGCAGAUUUUUUGGGUCUGCUAAGUUAUUCAAAACUGUACCACUAAGGUUGUCGCAAAUACUUAACAACAAGUCAUGCUAGCUGUAAGAUACCAUACGAAACACAAAAGUGCCCACUAUGUCCGUGUGAAACUUAUCUAUCAACGCAUCACCGUCUGCAACCUUGAAAUAGUCCGUUUAAUUAUAGUUCCUUGCGAAUAAUAUAUUGUUUAUAUGUUAAGGAAAACACAAAGAAUAAGGAAGAACAGUGCAAAGGUGCUAUACAACUCAAGUUUGGGUUGUCUAAUAAAGUAAUUUUCCAUUUUACAAGCAGAAUAUUGCAUUGGUACUUCUUUUCCAGUUCCCUUCCUUAACUCUAAAAAUUGGAGCUUACUUGCUACAGAUUCUUUGCGACAUUUCUGGGACCGCUUCAUUUUAAAAUGACGACAAGUAUAAGAAAGUUUAAUUUUUCUACUACAUUUUUGGCCAGUUUUCUGGGACCGCUAAGUUUUUUAAAACUGUGCCACUAAGAUUGUCACAAAUACUUAACACCUAGUUUUGCUUGUCGUAACAUAUCUUACGAAACACGAAACUGCCAACUACGUCCGUGUGAUUAUUAUCUGUCAACGCAUAACUACAUGCAAACUUAAAAUAGUCCGUUAUAUAUAGCUCUUUGCGAAUAAUAUUUUGUCUUUCUUUUAUGUAAAGGAUAACAAAGAACAAAGAUGCUGUACCACUCAAGCCUGAGUUGUCUAACAAAGUAAUUUUACAAUUAGCGCAUUUCCACUCCCUAACUCUAAAAAUUGGAGCUUGCUUGCUACAUAUUUUUUGCAACAUUUCUGGGACCGCUUUAAUUCAAAAUGAUGACUAGUAGGAUAACGUUUAAUUUUUCUACUACGCUUUUCGGGAGUUUUCUGGGACCGCUAAGUUAUUCAAAUUUGGACCAAUAAGGUUGUGGCAACUACUUAACAACAAGUCAUGCUUUUUGUACGAUACCUUAAGAAACACAAAAGUGCCCGCUAUGUCUGUAUGAUAAUUAUCUAUCAACGCAUUACCGUAUGCAACCUUAAAAUAAACCAUUACAUAUAGUUCCUUGCAAAUAAUAUUUUGUUUUCCUGUUAAGGAACAUACAAAGGAUAACGGAGAGCAGUGCAAAGACUCUGUACAACUCAAGCGUGAGUUGUCUAACAAAGUAGUUUUACAUUUUAUAAGUAGAACGUUGCAUAUGAAUUACCUUUAUCGCAUCUCCACUCCCUAACUCUCUAAAAAUUGGAGCGUGCUUGCUAUAGAUUUUUUUGCAACAUUUCUGCGACCGCUUUAAUUCAAAAUGACGACUAGUAGGAUAACAUUUCAUUUUUCUACUACAUUUUUGGCAGUUUACUGCGACCGCUAAGUUUUUUAAAACUGUGCUACUAAGAUUGUCGCAAAUACUUAACACCUGGUUAUGCUUGUCGUAAGAUAUCUUAAGAAACACGAAACUGCCAACUACGUCCGUGUGAUUAUUAUCUGUCAACGCAUUACUGUCUCCUACCUUAAAAUAGUCCGUUAUAUAUAGUCCCUUGCAAAUAAUGUUUUGUUUUUAUGUGAAGGAAAAUGCAAAAAAUGACAAAGAACAAUAUAAAGAUGCUGUACCACCCAAGCGUGAGUUGUCUAACAAAGUAAUUUUACAAUUUACAAGUAGAACAUUGCAUAUGCAUUACCUUUAGCGCAUCUCCACUCCCUAACCCUAAAAAUUGGAGCUUGCUUGCUACAUAUUUUUUGCAACAUUUCUGGGACCGCUUUAAUUCAAAAUGAUGACUAGUAGGAUAACGUUUAAUUUUUCUACUACGCUUUUCGGCAGUUUUCUGGGACCGCUAAGUUUUUUAAAAGCGGUUUUUCUACUACGCUUUUCGGCAGUUUUCUGGGACCGCUAAGUUUUUUAAAAGCGGUAGCACCAAGGUUGUUGCAAAUACUUAACACCAAGUCAUGUUCGAUACCUAACGAAACUUAAAACUGCCCAUUACGUCCGUGUAAUAAUUAUAUUUUAACGCAUAACCUUUUGCAACUUUUUAAUAGUCCCUUACAUACAGUUUCUUUCAAAUAACAUUUUUCUUUCAUGUUAUGCAAAGGAUAAGUCUAAUAAGGUAAUUUUACAUCUUACAAGUAAAAUAUUGCAUGAGUAUUUUUUCCAGUUCCAUUCCCUAACGGCGAACUAGUAAAAGUUUCUUAAAUUCUGAUUUGUCAUGUUACUAUAAAAAAUUGCCUUUUUGCCUAUUAUGAUCUAAAAUGAUGUGUUUCCUGUUAACAUCGUCAGAAUAAUCAACUCGAUAUUCGCCCAAUUUCUUGUUGGUAGUUAUGGGUGAAAAAGACUCUAACUUAAAAAGUUUUAUUUUUACUAGUAAAAGUUUCUUAAUUUUUUGAAAGACAACUAAUCAGUUUCUUACAUGGUAGUUUUUUAUAAGAAAAAAACCCGUGUGUUUCCACUUUCGGUACUAAGAUUUUUAAAAAGCAGUACCAAAAUUUUAUUUAUUGAAAUGUAAGAUUAAAUUGGAAAAAUUAAUGUAAACAAAAAAUCUAACAUUAGUGACUAUUAAUUUUAACCAACUAACCUUUACGCCCAAUAAGGUUCAAAAUCGUUGCACUUUUGAAUCUUUCGCAUGAGGCAGUUUCUACGUUGUUUACUAUGGUUGUACUUUUAAUAAAUUAGCACUAUUCUGUGGGGGCAAAAAAGUCCAUGUGAAUUUUUUUAAUUUUUUCAUAACUUCUAAUCAUUAUCGUUUUGGGGAUUGAAACUUAGUAACUUUUUAUCAUUGAUAGUUAAUGCCGAAAAAAUAUGGAUAAAAUUUUGUUUAUCAUUAUCCUAACAAUUCCAAAGUCAUUAGUCAGGCAAAGAAAUAAAUGUAGAUAUUUUAGCCUUUAUAUCAAGAAAUUUCACACAUCCAGAUCGUUUGCACGGCUUUUUAUUAUCUUAUCCCAAAAUUUAUUUUUCACCGUUUUAGCCUUCCUUCAGGUUCGGAAAUAUAUGAUGACGUCGCUUUUGAUCAAAUGACGUCAUUCAAUUCCUUUAAAUACAAUUCUCCUCCAACAUAAAAUUGUGCCAGUCACUUUUGGAGAAGGGCUAGCAAGUUCGUCCUAAAUAUAACAUGAUAAGGGCUAUUCUUGAUUGUAAUUGCGAGAUAACAAAUGAACGCGAAGAGGCAAUAUUACUAGUAAUUUGGUGAAAUUGGACAACCCCUUGCUGGCAAUUUCCCAUAUCUAUUACGCCACUGGAAAUGACAACGACAUUUUAAAUCACGAUAUCUUCGUCGUACUAAACUAAGGGAGCGUUACACGGAAAUAUAAACCUCUUUUAAUUAAUUUUCUCGUAAAAUUCAAAAAAAGGAUAACAAGGCAAGAUUUAAAAUUUCUUUAAAUAUGAUUUAUACAGUCACUACUAUGUUAAACAUAUCACAGACAUCCAACAUCUCCUAAAAUUCCUAUAAUAGGGAAAGAAUAGGCCAACUCCCUAAAUCCUUUUAAAAUUGCCAUUUUUACCCAAAUUCGCUCUAAUAAGUUUCGCAUUUUUUAAUUCCCCAAGCUUUUAUUCUCGCACUUUCUUAUUUGUUUAAGGUACUUGUAAAAGAAAACUUGAACUUGAAGUCCAAGAACUUAAGAAACGAAAAAUUGUAGAAAAUGAUUGUCAAAAAUUCCUUCGUAAUUUGUGCUUGGCACAGAAAGAAAAGCUAUCGAACGGUACCAAACAGAAACCGUCUACAAUCCUUGCCAGAAUAUGUGGGCGCAAGACUUCAAUUUUCGAAGUUCGUCGGCACAAGUAAUGAUUAAGGCUAUUUCUAUAUGAUUCGUGUAAUAUUAACUUGUGAAAGUUCCCUGACUAAUGUUUACAGCAGACAUAGGACAAACAUCGGAUCUAACGUUAUUUGGUUAAAUCUACAGUUGACUCUCUCUAUCUCGAACUCGCAAGGGACCAGAAAAUUUGUUCGAGAUAGAGAAAGUUCGAGAUAGAGAAAAAUUGACAAAAAUUGGAUUUUUUCGUAAAAAACGUAUUUUUAACCUUCAGUGUAUCGGGAGUUGAUAGAGGUCAAUGAGAGAUGUUAAAAUGUUAAUAUUCAAUGCACAAGACUUCUUUUAAAAUAAAUACAUAAAAUAAAUUUACAGCUUCAUUUAAAGAAAUCGGUUAUGUCUUUUUGUUUAAGUGAUGCCACUCUGUCUUCAUUAUACAUUUUUUCGAAUUUGGAGAUAAGCAUUUGCAUUUCAUUGCCUUUUUCGCAACACAUUGUUAGAUCUUUCAAAAGAUCAAUACUACACUCGACUUUUGAUCUUGAUGGUUUUUCGACAACUAUAUCAAAUGAAUCAUCCUCCAUGUCACUGCCAUCGUCUUCAGCUUCGUCGUCCUGAGAUUUCCGAAAUUCAUCAAUGAUGAGUGCCUUUUCUUUUAUCAAAUUGCCAUCGAUCGGAAUGUUUUGGCUUCUUUGAACAGUAAACCAUUUGAAAACAGCCUUGUCUAUCUGCUCAUAAUCACAGCCUCAAACCCUUUUCGAACCAGACGCGGUUUUUUGUUCUUCCAAGCUUUGUAGGAUCUUAUGUUUUUUUUUCAUCCAAGUUGAAAUUGUAUUUUUGGGGAUCCCGUAUUUUUCUGCUGCCUUCUUGUUUGACAUUCCUUUCUCGAUUUCCCGAAUUAUUUGACAUUUUUGAAUUAAAGAAACGUUAUUGAGUUUUCUUUUUAAAGCCGACAUCUUCACCUCAAGAAGGUUUCUGGUUCAAAACACUGUAAACAAUGUUUUGUGAGUGACUUUAGAAUUCGAACGUCAAACAUUUUCGUUCGAAAAUGGAACAUUUUAAUUCGAUUUUUAGUGUAAAUAGGUUCUUAAAUCCGGAAAAGUUCGAGAUAGAGAGAGAAACAGUCAGACGGGACCGAGA